AGGCAGGUAGUGAAGCGGCUGCGGGACGUCAACAACAGACUGGCCGUUGGUACUGUGUGUCCUGAGUAAUUCUUUAACCUAGUUAAGUUUUCUAAAUAAGAAUCUAAUUUGCCUUCGUGUAACCACUACGAGUCUUUGCUGCAUCAUACCCGACACAAGGUCAGCCAUGAGGCUCUGCUCUGCUCUCCUGGUCUGCCUGGCAGCAGCCCUGUCCUCGGCCUUUGUCAUUUCACCUCCCCAUAUGUGGACGAAACUCAUCCUGACCCACCACUGGCCUACCACCUUCUGUUCUAUGGAACACUGUCAUGCCAACAUUAGCUCCUGGACAUUACAUGGACUGUGGCCAGACAAAGGGAUUGCCUGUGAUCCGUCAUGGCAUUUCAACUCAUCCGAAAUCGAGGACCUGCUACCAGACAUGAAGAAAAGUUGGCCUGACCUGCUUAAACCCACAUCUUCUGAAUUCUGGAAGUACGAAUGGCACAAGCACGGUACAUGUGCAGCCAAAGCCGAAUCUCUCAACAGUCAGCAUAAAUACUUUGGCAAGGCACUGGAACUGUACCAUAAACUGGACUUGGAUAGCAUCCUGAAGAAGUUUGACAUCGUCCCCUCUGACAAAUACUACGCCUUUUCCCAAAUUGAAGGAGUGAUUGAAAACUUCUAUGGUGUCAAACCCAAGAUCCAGUGUGUCCAUCCAUCAAAGAAUGCUUUCCAGAUUUUGGGGCAGAUUGAGAUCUGUUUCCACUCCGACUUUACCCUCCUGGACUGUGAGAAAGAGAUUACCAUGGAAACCUUUUCUAAGGGAGGCUGGGACGGUCCUGUGGGUGUUGACAAGGUGGGGGGGUUCAGUGUGUGUGACCAUGAUAUGCCGGUUUACUACCCACCUCUUAAAUCAAAUACGUACAUGUAAGAGCUGAAGUGAACCGACCACUACAACCCUUAUUCUACACAUACGAUGGCACACAAACAACUGCAUUUGGGGAAUUUUUUUUUGUGCAAAUGUACUGUAGUGUUUUGCUCAGGUUUCACAAAGAACACACAAAGUUGUAUUGUUAAUGAUGUUUCUUUUAAAAAAAAUUUAAUCACUCCUGUCGAAAACACUUUUAACUGUUUUUAAUUUUUUUGCUGUAAAACACAGGACACAUGCACACUGGUGUUUAACUGGGGUUUUAUUCCUUUCUUGCUCUUGCUAAUUAGGAGUUCAACAGUCACAGCUUGUGUUUUUCCAAAGCACAGCCAGAGGCAUCAUAGUUAGACAAACAGUUUAUGUGCUGUGCAUUUUAUGUAUCAUCAAAGUGCCUAUCAUGUGACACUGCUGGCCGUAUUUUGUACUAUAUUUAUCUUUGUGUGCCACCUGUUAAGUGCCAUCUAUUCGUUUAGCUAUGACACAAAUGCCUUUUAAGAAUCAUGAUAAUUACAUUUAAAUAGGAAGUGCUCUGUAGCGGUGAAUCACUAUGCAAGUAGUACUAGUCAGCAUGGAUACUUUUGAGUGUUUUAAGGGCAAGAGCCGCCAUUUUUUUUAACCUACAAGGCAGUUUUGCAGCAUCGACAUCUUUCAGGCAUUAUAAUCUCAUGAUAUCUGAAUCUAAAUGAUAAUUUCACUUUGCUAUCUUCGGACAUUUGCCAAGUACAUGCGACAAUUCAAUGUUUACAGGUCAGGACUGUGCCUCUAUAAAUACAGUAUGUGGUGUAUAUAGUGAAUGCUUCAGGUGUACAUGUUUGUUUUUGAAUAUGAAUUUAAAAAUGCAUAAAGCACAUUGAACUAAAAAAAAAAAGUUCACCCAAGCACAACCCCAUUACCCAAGAUGUUCACAAGGCACCAUUUUUGCUGGACUUAGGAACUGUACAGAUGAAACACUCGAGAUGUAGCAAAUGAUUUGGUGAACACUGUUUAAUCCAUUACCGAUCAGUCCGAUGACUUGUUUCUGCUGCUGUGGCUAUUUUUGUGCAUUGAUUCAGUUUAAAGCUAAAUUAUUGUUUUUGUAAUUUGUGAAAUGACUGAAAUGAAAGUGUGUACUCUGCGUCAUUUUUUAAUGUCAAUAAAACAUUGAAUAUCCAGUCAA